CUAUAAGUAACUGAUUAUACUUUUAAAUUGUAGAUGAUCUUCAAUGCUGAGGAAGCUCACAACAUCGUUAAGGAGUGCAUAGAAGGAAUUUUGGGCAAGGUCGAUUACAAUCACAACAAAGUCAAUCAGUGGACUGCAACUAUAGUGGAACAAUCUUUAACACAUCUGGUAAAACUGGGAAAAACAUACAAAUAUAUUGUGACCUGUGCAGUGAUGCAGAAGAGUGGAGCUGGUCUUCACACAGCAAGCUCAUGCUUUUGGGAUACCACGACUGACGGUACCUGCACAGUGAGAUGGGAAAACCGAACUAUGAACUGCAUCGUCAACGUUUUUGCCAUUGCUGUUGUCCUGUAGCUGACUGGAGGACAAAUGUUAAGUUACACCAAAGCCUUUUAAGAUCAGAAAGUAUCAAAAUCUCAAAGCAUAUUGCCAUUAUUUAAUACUUUUUCUCUUUAGUGCACAAACGGUAUUUAGCAUGCUUUAAAGUUCACUAUUCAACAUAUGCAUUCUGAGCAAAUUCUUUCAAUUUAGCUAGCAACAACUAGCUUUUCUUUAGCAAAUUUUAGCAGUUUAAAUAUUCCAUAUUGAUAUGUUAAACUGGAGGUACUAUGAUAUUAAUCAAAUGAGAAUAUGGAUACUUGCAUCAAAGAAUUACAUCUACCAUGUCAGCGAAGGUAUGACUAGCACAGGUAGGCAUAUCCAAGCUUGCCUUAAUCUAGGUAGCACAAUAGUAUAUAUGUGAAUGUACAGGCUAGCUGCCCAAAUACAAACCCAUGAGAUAACCUGGGUAUGUACUGAGGUUGCUAGCCCAUGCUAAAACCUGUGCCACUAAGCCUACACUAUCAUUAUCAUAUUAGCUAGAUUAAAAAUAACACAGGUAUGUCUACCCAUACUACAUAAAUACCUUCAUAUGCAGUGUAUAGGCAAACUGACAUUUUACUCACAGGGAGAUGGAGUAAUCUAAUCAGCAGAAGGAAGGCGAAAGGGAACAAGUGUUAAGGAAUGAGAUUAAAAUGCAAUUGAAAACAGACUAGGAAUGGUAAAUAUCACUGCCUCAUAUGUGAUGACACAAAGGCUAUUUCCAUAUUAUGCACUAAUGCUUCAUGUACACCACAGUUACUUGAUCAAGUGUAAAAAGCCCCAAAAACUUAAAAUUUAUGCUUUGCUGCUUGGGACACAGAAUGACUUUGUCAUGCUGAAGCAUUUAUUUCUUCAGUGGACUCUAGUUCUUUUAAAGGGUGUGAGCUGUCUGCAAAUACUAUUUAGAGUGUUAUCACUGAAUUCAGUGGAAACAUAGUAGGGUCCACUUUUCAUUUGCACUUAAUAGAUAUUUUUAAGAAGAAUUCACCAAAUUAUAAAACCAAUUUAAAUCUGACCUGUUGGUACAGGUCAGACUAGGUGAAUGUAGGAAAAUUCAUGACAUUAGCGCCUUAAACGUUCCUGAUCCAGUUUAAAUAGUUGAUCGUUCCUAACUAGGAGCCCAACUCUAUACCCACUGACCUCAGCAGAAUUAGGGUUGGGCUUCAGUUACUCGAAGUUAUUUACUGCAAUCAUGUAGAGCAAAAAAAUUAGUUUAAGUAGGUAGAUGCCCAUGUUUUUUAAAAGGGCCUUAUUCUCUCUUUAAGCACAAAUAAAUGAUAUAGAACAUAUCCUUAAAUAUUUAUAAAUAAGUAUUGCCUGUACUCCACAUCUAAAAUUAUGUAAUAACUGUGGAGUACUUAGUUAAAAAUUAGUAACUUAGCUAAGGCCCUAUCUUGCAAACAUUCAUACAUGUGCUCAUGUCACUGACAUGAGCAAUCCUAUUGACUUGUGUAAGACAUUCACAGGACAAGUAAAAUUAUUUUGUAUGUAAGCAAUUGCAGGAUCAGGGCCUACAUUUUAACUUCUGCAUAAAUUAUGUAAAUUUUCAAGUAUUUGUACUGAUCAUAAAAAUAUCUAAGUUGUUACUGCCAGUGAAUGGCAGCUAUUUUAAAUUCUGCCAUAUCUCAAACACCAUUUAAAGAUGUUUUUCUUAUUUAUUGCACAUCUUUAGAUAGUAACUAUGUAAUAGUUGCUAUAAUAGUUGCUUUGCAUUUUAACAUGGAAAAUUAUUUUAGGCAGUUCUGAUUUUUUUUAAAUUAUUUUUCAGAGCUACUCUGAUUUGGUCAAAUAGCAAAUAUGUUCUUUAAAAAAAUUAUAACAGCCCUGGUUGUUCAAACUGUAUUAAAAAUUGGUAUAUGGUUCAAAAAGUGAGAACCUACAUACAUCUAGAAUAUACAAUGUUAGUUCAGAAUCUAUUGCUUUGCAGGCACAAAAAUACAUCUUUUGUAUGAGCAUAGAUCGAGUAAAGCUGUAAAACAUUGCAUUUGUCUAGGAGACAGAUAUAGUGUGAAAACAUUUGCAUGGUGCACUGAAUUUCAAUUUAUAUAUAAAAUAAAGUAAUUUAAGAAAGAUUAUCUGGUUUAGGGUAAGAUGUGGAUAGGUAAAAAUAUAGGGAUAGCUACUAUCCCAUUAAUUUUAUAAUCUUUAGCUGCCAUGACUGUAGUAAAUAUUCCUAAUAGCCAUUAACUUUGUUAGUCUUUUUUUGCCAUACUUGAAGAUAAAAUACAAAAUGAUAUCUUGUUUGGUGUAAAAGCUCACUAAAGAUCUUUAAAAUAUUGAUUGUUGUAAAGUUACUUCAUUUUGUAUCUACCAAAGAUAAAGAUGGUUUGACUUGGUUCUAUUUAAUUUUGUAUUAUCAAUUAUAGAUAGCAGCUUGCGGCAGUAUUCCUCCUCCACCUUUAGUGCUUUAUAAGUAAAACACAGCUGCCUAGAUAUUUUGGAAACUAUGGAUCUGACCUGGCAAGUGUCCCAAAAUUCAUGGAGUAUUGCCAAUUUCUCAUAUCCCUCCUCAAUAUUACAUCCAUCCACUUAUUGCCUUUCAUAGUAUUUUACAAGAUAACUUUUACUGGAUUAACAUAUAACCUUAAUUACAGAAACUUUAGGGCCAGAGCACUUUAUUUCACAUUGUUUAAUUGUUGUCCUUUAGAAGAUGGGUGCGUGCAUCUAUGAAGAAACAGGAGUAAGAAGAAAAAAAAGUUUUAAUGAAUAUACAGUCAUUUGAGACUUUUUUUUUUUUUUACAAUAAAGCAUUAGGGUAGCUUAGAAUCCAUAGUCACAUGAGCUCUUGGUGCAAUGUGCUAUGCACCAGACAAACAAAUGAAUCAAAGGAAUUAAAAAACUCCAACCUUAGUGGAAGCUGGUGAAAUGGAACAGCUGGUUGAAUGACAGGAAGCUCUCUUUCAAUCAGCAAGCUUUCCUCCUCAUGGUUUUACACUCAGUACAGUAAGAAUGAAUUCUAAAUGACUUUACAUCACUAAAAAAGAAAUCAGGAACAAAAAAUACCUGUAGUAUAAGUCACUCCUAGAAUAAGUUGGUAUGAAAUAUACCCUUCCUACAGCCCUAUUACCUCCCAAAUAGCUGUUCAUAUGGAAUUUUCUGAAUCCGCUCCUCCU